GGUUAUAUCUUUCUCUUCCAGAGCUCUUCGUGGAGCUCCUGGGCAUUGGUGGCCCUGCAGCCAUGGUGAUCCUGAGAUGCAGUUCCCUGAGGCCUCUUCCAAGAACUUUAAGGCAGGGACAGAUGUGAAGGGUGAGAUCCUGUACCUGGUGGCCCUGCCUGGUGUGAUAGGACUUUGGGAAAAGCCUUGGCCCACAUCUGGAGAAGGAGCUAUAGCGCCUCAAGACUCUGUCCACCCCCGAAAAAGGAGCAUGGAGGAGGAGGAGGGAGUGGCUUCAGGCUCCCGUCCGGCCAGAUCCCAGACAAAAGAAAAGAAGAGAAGAAGAGGAAGAAAAUCAGCACAGCGGCUGAGUGCAGUGGAGAGGCCUGAGAACAGAAGCGGCGGUCAGCACGCGUGGAGCUCCCCCCUCUGUGAAACGGCUGCGGUAACGUUCAAGGAUGUGGCCGUGGACUUCACCCAGGAGGAGUGGGCACAGCUGGACCCUCCCCAGAGGAACCUCUAUCGGGACGUGAUGCUGGAGAACUAUGAGAACCUGGUCUCCCUAGGGCUUCCAGUAUCCAAACCUGAUGUGAUCUCCCAGUUGGAGAGAGGAAGAGUACCUUGGAUGCAAGAUGGAGAAUCUCUAAAAGACAUUUGUCCAGAUUCUGUUAUUCAAGAGACUAAGUCUGAAACCAUGGAUUCUACUCCCAAGCAGAGUAUUUAUAUAAGAGUACCAUCCCAGGGAAGACUCAAAAAGGAUGAUCCCAAGAUGGAAAAGACAUGGGAACACGAUGUCAAAUUAGAGAGGAAGAAGAACAGCCAGAGGAAACAAUCCAGACAAGUGACAAUCACUCCCCAAAAUCUUGCUAAACAGAGGCAUCUCCAUGAAAGUAAUACACAUGGAAGAAAGUUUAGUUUAGGAUCAGUCUUUGUUCCAAAACAGAAUGUUCCUUUAGGAAAAAGUCACCAGAAUUAUGGCACACAAGGAAAUAGCAUCAAACCAAUUUCAGACCUAGUUAAACAUAGUAAAGUCUCCAAAGGGAAGACCCUUGCUAAGUAUAAUUGUAAGAAGCCUUUCAGUUCUCACUCAGACUUUGUUCAGUUUCACAUGAUGCAUUCAGGAGACAAACCAUGUAAAUGUAAUGGAUGUGAGAAAGCCUUCAGUAAGAGCUCACUUCUUGCUGAAAACCAGAGGAUUCAUCCUGGAAAGAAAAAUGAAUGUGAGAAAGAGUUAAGCCAUAGUGGAAGCCUGUCUCAAAAUAAGAGGGCUAAUGUUGGAGAGAAACCCUUUAAAUGUCAUUAUUGUGGCAAGGCCUUUAACAACAACUCAAGCCUCAUUCUGCAUCUAAGAAUUCAUACAGGUGAGAAACCCUUUGAGUGUAAUGAAUGUGGCAAAGCCUUCAGCCAGAGGGGAAACCUUAAUGAACACAAAAAAAUCCAUACUGGAGAGAAACCCUUCAAGUGUAAUGAAUGUGGCAAAGCCUUCAGCAGCAAUUCUAGCCUUACUCUGCAUCAAAGAGUUCACACUGGAGAAAAACCUUUUAAGUGUAAUGACUGUGGGAAAGCCUUCAGCCAGAGGGGAAAUCUCAAUGAACAUAAGAGAACUCAUACUGGAGAAAAACCCUUUGAGUGUAAUGAAUGUGGGAAAGCCUUCAGUCAAAGGGGCCACCUUACUGAACAUCAGAGAAUUCAUUCUGGAGAGAAACACUUUGAAUGCAGUGAAUGUGGGAAAGCCUUCAAUCAUAGAGUGUCCCUUAUCGAUCAUCAGAGAAUUCAUACAGGGGAGAAACCCUUUGAGUGUAAUGAAUGUGGGAAAGCCUUCAACCAGAGAGGGCACCUUAAUGAACAUAAAAGAAUCCAUACUGGAGAGAAACCUUUUGAAUGUAAUGAAUGUGGGAAAGCCUUCAUCCAUAAGGGAAGUCUUACUGAGCAUCAGAGAAUUCAUGCUGGAGAGAAACCCCUUGAAUGUAAUGAGUGUGGCAAAACCUUCAGCCAUCGAACUUCCCUGUAUUCUCAUCUAAGAAUUCAUACUGGAGAGAAACCCUUUGAAUGUAAUGAUUGUGGGAAAGCUUUCAGCCAUAAUGCAUCUCUUAUUUAUCAUCAGAGAAUUCAUACUGGAGAGAAACCUUUUGAAUGUAAUGAAUGUGGGAAAACUUUCAGCCAUAGGAGAUCCCUUCUCCAUCAUCAGAGAGUUCAUACUGGAGAGAAACCCUUUCAGUGUAAUGAAUGUGGGAAAGCCUUCAGCCAGCGAGGGAACCUUUUUUAUCAUCAGAGAAUUCAUACUGGAGAGAAACCCUUUGAAUGCAAUGAAUGUGGAAAAGCCUUCAGUCAUAGUACAUCCCUUAUUUAUCAUCAUAGAGUUCAUACUGGUGAGAAACCCUUUGAGUGUAAUGAAUGUGGGAAAGCGUUCAGCCAGAGAGGGCAACUUAAUAAGCAUCAGAGAAUUCAUACUGGAGAGAAACCUUGCAAAUGUAACGAAUGUGGGAAAACCUUCAGUCAGACAGGACACCUUCUUAGACAUCAGAGAGUUCAUACUGGGGAGAAGCCCUUUGCAUGUAAUAAAUGUGGGAAGUCCUUCAGCCAGAGAGGAAGCCUUGUUCUACACCAGAGAAUUCAUACUAGAGAGAAACCCUUUCAGUGCAGUGUGUGUUCAAAAACCUUCAGUCAUAGGACAUCCCUUAUUUGUCAUCAGAGAAUUCACAAUGGAAAAUAAGCUGAUGAAUAUAAUGAAUUUGGAAACUCCUUCAGCUUUGGUCAUCUUAGCCACAGGGGGUAUCUUACUAAAUACCAGAAAAUUCAUAAUAAUGGGAAA